UGAAGUCGAGCCGGUGGCGUGAACGCACGGUAUAAAAAGUGUAUUUAUCUUAAGUAAACAAUCCAUGAUGACCGGGACAACAGGUUUUUUAGUAUGUGCUCUUAUUUGCCAGUGUUUUUUUACAUUGUGUCUGAGCAAAAUAUUGGAUAAACAACCAUCGUUUGUUAGUACCUGCAUGAUCACCAAGCCCAAAGAAGAAUUUGUAAGUUGUUCUACCAAUGCAGUUCAAAAUCUUUUUAAUGAAAUUCCAAAGGGAAAUAAAGAUAUUGGACUUCAAGUUCUUGAUCCUCUUCGGGUCCCUUUUGUAAAAAUUCUCCAAGGAGGCGGUGGUCCAGUGACAGUAAAUGCUUCAUUAACUGACGUCUCUGUCGUAGGAUUUGGUAAUACAAAAAUUGUUUUAAAUAGCGUAGAUCCCGAAACAUAUGACUUUUAUACAAAACUGCAUUUACCCAGGCUCAGAAUAGAUGGUAAUUACGAGCUUUUGGGAAGAAUAUUAGUGAUACCUUUAAGGGGAAAGGGUAGCUGUUGGUUUGAUGCUAAGGACCUUGACAUCAACGUAAAGUCCGAUGUAAUUAUGGAGAAACGUGAUGGAUUUCAUUUCUUUAACGUAACUGAUGUUCAUGUUAAAUUUAGCAUUGGAGGUCUAAAAUUGCACAUGGGAAAUUUGUUUGAAGGAAUUAAGGCACUGGAGGAUUCCACUAAUGCCUAUCUUAACGCUAACUGGCGGCCAGUUGCAGAAUCUCUAAAUCCAAUCCUGUCAAAGACCAUUGAAGAUAUUAUGUUGGACAUAUUGCAAAAAGUGUUCGAUAAUAUUCGAUAAUAUAAUUUUAAACACAGACAACAUUGAAAAAACCCAUUAUGAAAGAAAAUUUUCUAAAAAUAAGUACAACCUAAAUAAAUCUUAACUUAUAAACUGGAUUCAAGGAUGCAUGCUAUAUAUUUAAGUAUGUAUUAUGACGUUUAACGAUGCCUACAACUUGAAUGGUUUUAAUUAAAUUUGAUAUCGACUUUAGUUUAUAGAAAAUAUUUAAGAUUAAUGUAGUACAAAAUAAAAUUCAUUUAUUCAUUCAUUCAUACAUUCAAGCUUAUUUAUAAGUAUAACUUUUUUUAAAAUGUAUACAGAGUGUUCUAAAUUUGAAACACAUUAAAUAAAUUAGAACAAAACUACUCAUUUUGAUGAUAAACAAAAUCCUUUUUCAAUUGUGAAAGACACAGGUAUAUUAAUAAGUGUUUUUUAUUGGAUUUUAUUUAAAAUGAUUUGUUUUUAGCAGUUCUUCCUUUGUCGAUCAAAUUUAACAUA